UGGAAAUCAAGAAUAGUGGCCUGAUGGCACCGGCGGCGACAAAUUUUGCCAGUGCCAGCAGCUCCAGCGGAAUUUUCCUACCGAACAAACCAACACCAAUUGUUCAGAAAAUCACUAUUGCCAGCCCAUGCGCGACUCCUGGUUGGCUCCUGGAAGAUCCGUUCGCGG